AUGGAGUUGCAAAAGACACUUCCAUCGGGUCGAGUCGUCAAAGAGACUCUUGACGGCCGAUACAUCUUCGCCUACCGAGACACAAAUGUAAGACCAAGCUCAUGGGACCAUCCUGACCCAGGCUUCGAUCGAGCUCGUUACGAAUUAAAGGAGGAGAAUUAUCUGCCUGGACCCUUGUACGAACCAAAGUACGAAGCUUUGUCUUACACUUGGGCAUCGGAACUCGGCUCUGUCAAAGCCAAUGUGUCUAGCGGCUCAAUGUCUGCUCGUCAGUUGUUCGAUGAGAUAGAACUCGGUGGCAAUCUCGCCAGUGCCUUGAAGCAUCUUCGGUUCAAGGACAAGAGUAGGGUGCUUUGGAUUGAUGCAAUCUGCAUUAAUCAGAAAGACGAUACAGAGCGCAGCAUCCAGGUGAAAAGGAUGGGGAGUAUCUAUUCUUUUGCCCAAAACGUGAUAGUUUGGCUUGGCCCAGAAGGCCAAGACAGCACACAUGCACUUUCGACUCUACAGUCUUUAGCAAAGCAGGUAGAGCUCACCAUUGACAACGCCCUGUACGCUACCCCUGGAGCGUCAGAGCCUACCUGGUAUCAUCCCUUCUGUCCCUUGCCCGACGACAGAUUCGAUGCCAGGACAUGGUCGUCUAUCAAGUCUUUGUUCAACCGAGCUUGGUUUAGUCGAGUCUGGGUUACUCAGGAGGUUGCACUCGCAAAUCGCUUCACAGUCGUGCACUGCGGCGGCUAUUCUAUGCCAUGGCUCCAUGUCAGGAAGGCGAUCGGUAUACUACUCGCCAAGCAAAGCACCCCGAAGGACAUCAAAUCGAUCCUAGACCCUCAUUUCCCGGGGAUCCCUGCACCAAAGACAAGAUCUCUCUUACACCUUUUGGCAUUCGUUAGACGGAGAAACUGCCAAAUACCGCACGACAGAAUCUAUGGCAUACUCAGUCUAGCCUCUCCGAAAUUUUCGAGCUUGAUCGAGCCGAAAUACACAGAGCCAGCCGCGCGAGUCUUCACAGAUGCCAGUAUUGCCCAUCUACAGCUCACGAGUCGUCUUGAGCUGCUUCAGUGUUGUUCCAUUUCCAACCCAUACCCUGGGGUACCUUCUUGGGUGCCAAACUGGGAGAGCGGACCGAGGACGGUGUUGUUCGGUUGGCGCACAGGACAUUUCAGGCAGGCGUCAGGCCAGUCAGAGGCGCACUACUCACUGCUAUCUGACAAUACCCUCCAGGUGACUGGUGUGAGAUGUGCUUGUGUAGAAUCAGUCGGUGGUGCUGCCGAGGGGGGUCCAGACCAGGUUUUCGAUACUAUCCGCACCUGGGAGCCCGAGGGCCUGCGCGAACGCAAUUAUCAGCCGGGUGGUUCAAUGCUUGACGCCUUCCUGGAAGCAAUAUUUCAGGGUUGCUUUCGAGACAGAUUUCCUCGAGCCGUAUCCUGGCCAAUAUUGUCCGAGCUUCGCGAGCAUUACCUUGCUCUCCUAUCCGGGACAGACCAGCGUAAUAGCAUAACACAACAUCUCCGAAACGGCGUCGCCAACGGGGCCACAUUUUUCACAACAAAGGAAGGAUAUGUCGGUGUAGCGGGGCAGCAUGUCAACAAAGGUAGAUGCUUCGUGCCAUCGUCUGUUUCCCUUGGAGACAUUAGCUGA